CGUAGUCCGUAUAUGCAACAAGUCCAUAACUGGUAUCGUACAACUAAGCAUCAACUCAAGAAGAAUGUGAGCAGACAGAUGACACCUGACAUCGGGAGGGCGCAAGAAGUCCCGUUACGCAAACACACGGUACCAUGA